AUGGGUAAUUCUAUAUAUACUAUUUUUAUGCCACGUGAGGCGUUCUCUAGAAGAACCAAUGCUGAGCUAGUAGCCAAAUCUCUUAAUCAAUUGGAUAUCCCAGCUAUUGUGAAUGAGCGACAUGAUAUUGUUGUCGACAAUCACAAGGUGUCUGGAAGUGCAUACAAAAUUACGAGUGCAAGAGCAUAUCAUCAUGGUACCAUGCUCAUUGACGCUGACACACAGACUUUAAAGAACUGUUUAUCCAAAAAAAGAAUGAAUAAUGCUGGCAUUGUCUCAAAAGGAGUAGAGUCGGUCCCUUCACCAGUCACAAACCUCAGAGACUAUUCAUUUACAGUAGAUCAUCAACAAUUUUGUGAGUCCGUAUUGGCUGAAUUCGUAGAAGCGUAUAAUGACGGCAUCCCAGUAGAGCCAAUCAUGUUUGAUAAUAACAGUAUGCUUCCAGAUAAAGUAAAAGAAACGAGACAGGAGCUCAAGACUUGGGACUGGGUUUAUGGUCAAACUCCCGAAUUUACAAACACUGCAGAGACACAAUUGGAUUGGGGACACGUGAAAGCAAUCAUACAUUCAAGACACGGUAAAAUCACAAAGGCUGAUAUUACAACGGACAAUAACUUGAUACAUGAACCAACAAUCGCCGCAGCAAUAUCUGUUGCAUUAGAAGGUUUACCUUACUCUAGAUUUGUCAUAGAUGAAGCAGUCGAGAAAAUAAAAUUACAGGUACCCGGUCUCAUUAAUGCUGAUAAUGAUCAUAUAUCUACCAGCCUUAGUAAAUGGUUACAAGAUAGAUUGUAA